CGUUCAUUUUGCUGUCCCAUAAAACUCAGUAAACGUCGUCACUUCAUCCAUAUCUUACUUUCACUCACUACCAAAAUAGAGGCGGUCACCGACUAAGUUUGAUCCGUGGAUGAAUAUGGCCGGAAAAUUGAUGCAGGCGGUUUGGUACACUUCUUACGGCGGAGGUGCCGCCGGUUUGAAGCAUGUUGAGAUCCCUGUUCCUACUCCUGGAAAUGAUGAGAUCCUGCUGAAAAUUGAAGCAGCAAGUAUAAAUCCAAUCGACUACAAAAUUCAGAAAGGCAUGGUACGCCCUAUUAUGCCCAAGAAAUUUCCUUUUAUACCAGUUGGUGAUGUAGCCGGAGAAGUUGUGGAGGUUGGACCUGGAGUGAAGAAUUUUAAAGCUGGUGAUAAAGUUGUUUCCACCCUUGGGGGUGCAGGCGGAGGACUAGCCGAGUACACCGUGGCUAAGGAGAGCUCCACAGUGUCAAGACCACCAGAAGUCUCAGCUGCCGAUGGUGCCAGUCUAGUUGUUGCAGGGUGCACUGCUCUCCACGCCCUUACCACAAGCUGUGGGCUGAAGCUGGAGAAGACUGAACCAUGCACCAACGUUCUUGUAACCGCCGCUUCAGGCGGGGUCGGUCACUAUGCCGUGCAACUCGCGAAACUCGGCAACACCCACGUCACUGCAACGUGUGGGGCCCGGAACAUUGAAUUUGUCAAAAGCUUAGGAGCCGAUGAGGUUCUCGACUACAAGACGCCGGAAGGAGCCGCCCUCAAAAGCCCGUCAGGUAAGAAGUACGAUGCUGUGAUCGAUUGCACCACUGGUAUCCCGUGGUCGACAUUCGAGCCCAACCUGAGCCCAACCGGGAAAGUAAUCGAUAUAACCCCUAGCGGCGGUACGUUCUGGCACUAUGCCGUGAACACAAUCACGUUCUCGAAGAAAAAAAUUCAGCCGUUGAUCGUCAUCCCAAAAGCGGAGGAGAUGGAGUGCCUUGUGAAGUUGGUGAAAGAAGGGAAACUAAAAACGGUGAUCGAUUCUAGAUAUCCAUUAAGUAAGGCGGAAGAGGCGUGGGCCAAGAGUAUUGAAGGGCAUGCUACCGGGAAGGUGGUCGUGGAGCCGUGAACUUCGAUAGGUUGGUGUUAUGUAUCUGAUGGUAGUUGAAAACCAGAUACUGGUUUCGACUUUCGAGUGAGAUAUAUUGUGUACUUUAAAAUACCCGAGUGGGGUAUACUUUGUACAUGUAAAUGUUGAGGACUUCAACUUAUGUUUGCAAAACAUGUACAAGUUUAUGUUUGAUUAUGACAUGUGCAUGAACUGUAGGAAGUUUACAA